AAUGCCAAAUCGCACGUUUAAUGUAAUGCCAAUGAUUAAAUUUAGCAUACACUCGCGAGACAAUGGACAGCGAAGCAUUUCAAGAGGUCGAGAAAGAUGCACUGCGUCAUAUGUGCGAGUAUUGUGGCUAUAGGACACGUAUACGUGGAAAUCUAUUAGUUCACAAGCGACGACAUACGGGUGAGAAACCCUUUUGUUGUAAUAUAUGUAAUGCAACAUUUGCGGCACAAUAUCAACUGACAACACAUAAGGAGCUGCACAUUGAUGCCCAUCAGCGGCGUAGUCGUCACAUGUGCCAGGAUUGCAAUUUGGGAUUUUUGAGUGCGCGCGCUCUAUAUCACCAUAGGCCGCUACAUGCAGAUGUUAAGAAAUAUAAAUGUACAAUGUGUGAUAAAUCCUAUGCACAGGCAGCUGGUUAUGCGCAGCACAAGCGUUGGCACCGUCAACACAACGAGCGGGCAACAAGUACAACGAAAUCUGUUGAAGCAAACGAUUAAAAUUAGCGC